CCCACCACCGUGGGUAUCUUGCAAUUGACCUCAAACCAUUUACAAGAUUUCAGCAAUGUCCCCUACUUUCAACAGAUAACGACCCAAUUUUGAUAUCCCACCCUUAACGCAUAAUGUCAUCUACUCCUUCCACGCCGCGAACGGCGCGCACCGCGUCUCGCGCCAAUUCACCCGAGAUGCUCACGCCUGGACGAAAAAUCAAGGCUAUGUUGGCAGCCUUCGACAGUGAUUCCGAUUCCGAUAAUGGGGGCACGGCGUCCAAACCAGACCGUUCCACGACCACACUCAGCAAUGCGCUAAAAAACAGCACUAUUUCAACUCAGCCUACCACCACACUAGAGUCAGACGGAGAUGAUGACGAAGACGAUAUCGUCAUGCCCAAGGGCCGCAUGGCUGCUCGCCUGCAAGCCCAGGCUCAUAAUCAGAAUCCCCAUGCGUCGAACUCCGGACAGACGGCCUUCGAACGGGUCUCGAAGACACUGCGAUCGGAGAAGCAAGAGGCGGAUCGUGACGCGGUCAUGGAUGAUGCGGAUGAGUCUAAUGAUGAUCUUCCUACGGCUGGUCCGAGGAGGAGGGGAAUGACUGCCGCGAGUCGGACGCCACAAGUUGAGAGGAAUGGGUCGGAUCGGUCGCCUUCUCCGGCCCGGUCUGAUUCUCCGUUGUUCGUGUCGUCUCCGAUAAGAGAUCAGGAUGAUGAUGAGAGCCAGGCAGGGUCGGGUGAUGAUGAAGGACAGCCAAAGGCUAAUUCUCGGUUCCUGGCGCUUGUUGCCCAGAAACGCAAGGAGCGUGAAGAGAAGGAGAAAGCCGAAGCAGAGAAAAGGGCAGCUAGAGCGAAGCAACAUGAGCAGUUCAGCUCGGAGAUUCUUUCUGGUAGUGAGAGCGAGGGCGAAAAUGGCUCGGGCCGGAAAUUGACGCAACAAGCUCGCCCGGCUCGAAAGGCCAGCAAGAAGGCCCUUGAGGAAAUGAAUCGCGAGACGCAGCGGAUGAGCCGAAAUAUGCAGCUGGCACAUCAAGCUCAGACGAAAAAGAAGAUUACGAAAGAAAGCUUUUUUGCUCGAUUUAAGUCCAAGCAGUCAGAAGAGCAGCCCGUGGCUGGUCCUUCAGGAGAGAAUUCAUCCACCACGGCCGGUUCUCGGAAUUCAUCUGAUGCCGAGGCUCAGAAGGGCAAAGAGACGCCACGUACUUCGCCUGUUCUGGGACCAACUGGGAAGGCAUCCGGUGAAGAUUUAGGCAAGGAGACUGAGGUUGCGGGGGCUGAGGAGGAAGAGUUCCCUACGUUGGAGGAGCUUCUGGCGAACCCGCGCCCGCAGCCUGAGCAAACUGUCGUUACGGCGAUGGAGAUUGAUGGGGCCACCCCACAGCCUGGAAAGGCAUCAACCAAGAAGGACAGGAGGGAAGUAAUGGGCCCGCCAGUUCGCGUUCGCCUCACGCGGGAAGAGGUUGCUCGGCAACAGAAAGACGACUCAGAUAGUGAGCUUGAAAUUGUCACAUCCCCUGCCAAGUGCAGGCGUAUAGCAGCGUUUGAAAAUGUCCCGGCCAGAAAGGUUCAAGAAUCAGCUUCCUUGAUGAAGCUGAAAGCACUGGCGCAUCUUACGUCCCCUACACGAAAAUCGACAAUGAACCCCGCCCAAUUGUCAGCUACUGUACUAUUGAAGGCGAGACAACAAGCUGCAAAGGAAAGACAGGAUAGGAUCCAAGAGCUCAGAGCUAAGGGUAUUCAUAUCGAGACCGCCGAAGAACGCGCUGCCAUGGAGGACGAACUGGAAAACCUGGUGGAAAAGGCACGGAAAGAGGCUGAGGAUAUCGCAAAGAUGGAAAGAAAAGCGUCUAAAGGCGAAGACGAAGACGAUGAUGAUGACUGGGACUACUCUGGCUCGGAGGAAGAAGCCGACGAAGAGGAUGGGGAUGAGGAGGAAGAGAAUGAAGAAGCCAAGCCUGCCGCCGAAGAGGGACUUGUCGACUCCGAAGCCGGUGAGGGGGAUGAAUCUGAAGAUGAUCAGACGGAAGUCAUGUCGGUCGAUGAGAAGGAUGUACCCACGCGGAGACGGAAGCGACCUACCAGAACAGUCAUUGACGAUGACGAUGAAGAUGACGAUGAGACAGAGCCAAAGACUCCUGCGAAAUCCAUCGUGACUCCCACAACACGAUCCGUUGAACGGCCGCAUCUCCCUACACAGAGCUCGAGCAACCUGAUGAGCUUGACGCAGGCCUUUGCAGGUACAAUAGCUGGAAGUCACCAAGAUAAUGAAGGAGGCAACUCUACAAUAUCUCAUUCUCUCCCUGAACCUGGCUUCGAUCACCAAGAAUCCGACUCGCAAAUGAUCAUCAAAGACAGCCAGGAGCCAAGGGCAGAAUCUGUCGAUCUGCUGGCAGGGUAUUCCCAGUCUGUCGCACGAGUCUCCGAAUCUCCCGCUCCGCGGUCUACCCAGCCCUCACAAGUCCCAGACCCCACUCAGGAUGCUGGAUUUGUGUUCUCGCCAUUUGAUCCUUCCAAACGAUUCCUUGGCACACCUCAGUCUACCAUUGAGACUGUUGUCAUCAACCGAGACGACCAAGACAGCUCCCCAGCCCCAACUCGGCGGAUGAAGCAGCUCAAGCGCGGUCGCAUGGCCGACCUCUCCAUGAUCGAAGAGCAAGAGGAAGGCGAAGGAGAGGGAGACUUUGAGAUCGACGCCAGCGCCUUCGACAUUAUGAAGAAGGCAUCGAAGAAGCCUGCCAUCCCCUUUGACCGCAACAAGAGCAAGGCGAAGGACAUCGUCGAAGAAGCCGCCGAGGAAUCGGACGACGAAUACGCCGGUCUGGGAGGAGCCAGUGAUGAGGACGAGGAUGUGGAGAAUGCCUACGACAGACAAAUGAUCAACGACAACAGCGGUGAAACCGUAGACGAAAAACAGCUGGCUGCUCUGAACGCUCUCCACCAACGCAACACGGACGAAAAACAAGUCGCCAAAUUGCUAAAAGACAUCACGACCGGUGCCCUUCGUCGCCGACGCAACGCAGAUGAUGAAUUUGACCUCGACGACUCGGACGACGAACUCCUCGCCCGUCGUCGCGAGAAACAGCGCGAGUUUGCCCGCAUGCGCAAAGCCCUCCUGGCCGACGAAAAGAUCGGUGAAAUCGCCGAAAACCCCAAGAAAGCCGCCUUCUUCCGCGCCGUCGAAGACCGUGACGACGACGACGAUGACAUCGGGUUCGACUUCCUCGACGACGAGCAGCAGCAGCAACAAGACUCCCAAACCGACGACCAAUCCUCCCAAGACCCCGCCACCACCACCACCAGCACCACCCUCAACCCAAGAAAACGCCCCCUAGAGCCCACGUCCGAGGAGACCUACAACCGCCCACCCCCUCACCUCCGCCGCAAGCCCGCCAGCGCCAUGUCCAAAAAACCCGCCACGCUAGCCGAAAUCCGCGAGACGCUCUCCUUCCUGACAGAAACCCACGACUACGAUUCCUUCCACGAGGACGCCUCCAUGGACGACGCGCCCGACCACGACGAAGACGAAGCCGAACCCGAAGACGAGACCGAAGACACCCAACCCCCAGACUUCGAGCCCGCACCCCACCAACAACAAGAUGGAGAAAUCCUCCCCGCAUCCCAACGUCUCCACCCGCGCCGCACGCGCGGGCCCGUCGUCGACCGUCUCGCCCUCCUCCGCCAAGCCUCCUCUAACUCCGCCACCUCCAACACCGGAAACCGUCUCGCAUUCCACUCAGGCUCCGGCUCCGGCUCCGUAGACGGAACGGGUUUCACCCGUCCACCUCUCCUCCGGAAAACCACCACCGGCUCGACCUCAUCCGCUACUAGCUCGACGAUCUCAUCGAGAGCCAAGUCCAGACAAUCGAGCACUACGUCGUCAGUUAGUACCGGGGGUGGUGGCGGUGGAAGUGGAGGAGGAGGAAAAAAGGGCGCAGUGAAUUAUUAUACUGCGGCGCGGGAACAGGAACGCGAGCGACAGUUGCGGCUGAAGGAGAGGGGUAGUAGCGGUGGGAAGAUCUCCGCGUUGUUGGAUAAACAUGCUCGGAAUCGGUUGGGGCAGUUGGGUGGGAAGGGGCAGUGGGAGUGAUGGAACUGAUCUUGGUUUCUGGGGGGAGGUUCUGUGUGGUAUUUAUUGAUUUAUUUCUGGUUGUCUUGGGGGCUAUGUGUGUAAGGGAGCCGGGAAGGUGUUUUGGGUUUGUUCUGGGAAGGUCAUAUCAUAUGGGAUGGGGUUGGGCGUUUCGUUCAAGGUACAAAUGGUUAGGUUUGGGUGGAGACCCAUCUGGUCUAGAUGUUUCUCUGCCAAUGAUGUGUAUUUUUCUAUUUCUAUACGAGGACAGUAUCAAGUUGUCAUCAAAAU